GAGCUAUUCAUUGGCUGGUAUGUUUUCUUUCUUUAAUCUGCAGUUAUAGAUACCGAUUGCCUGUUACGGUUUACAGUUAAACCAUAAAAUCCUCGUUGGAUCCCCACCGUGCUACUUUUUAGCCAUUAACCAAACCAGACGUAGCUAAGAAGCUAACCUGGUUAGUGGAUGUGGCUAACAUGUUGACUCCAGCUGGCUAAGUAACCACAGAGCACCUUGGUAAGCCUGUGCUAACCCGGGGCCUAAAUGAUGUUUGAACAAUUAAUUACUUGUGGGCAAACGUCGCAAAUUUGACAUCCCAUGGAAUAGCGCUGAAAACAAUCUGUUCAGUUUUAAAUAUUUGCUCUCCUGCGGUGUUGUGUUGGUCACCAUUCAUUUAGAGGCGCGAUGUUCUUGUUAGGGAUGACAUGAUACAACGUUGAUAUUGACGUGCAUUUAAUCGUAACACGUUUGAAAAUGAGUUCAAUCAAAGUAACCGAAGUUUCUAUUUAAAGUACAAGCCGUGACUCAUUGAAAUUCUUUAUAUUACUAGUUUAUUUAUAUCGGGUAAGUGUGUCAUUAAGUGCAACCUAGAACUUUAUAUCAUGCUUGUAUUGCUUUGCCAAAUCAACAAAUGUCCGUCAUUAUGGCUGGAAAUGUGAAUGUGAAUCUACACACAUUUUCGCACAAAUUAGUCACGCAGUAAUUUAGUCAGCGUUAUUGCAAAGUUGAAGAGAACAUAAUGUGAUUGGAUGAUGACUUGAUUUAAAGAGUUCACACAGGGAAGAGUGUAAUCCUUCAGUCCAACAAAAGGAGUGUGAACAGUCCAGCGAUGAAUGAGAUUCCCCGCUUGCAGCUGAGGUGAGGAAGAAGCAUGGGGCGUAAAUCCGAAGUGUUGAGGCAAACGUGACAGUAUGUUCUGCGUCGGAGAGGCUCAAAAUGGAAAAGCACCCAUGCAGGGAGGAGAACAUUGACUCGAGCAGGGACCAGCAUGCCACCGAUCAGCCAGGGGACGGCAGCAGCUCAGAAAGUGACGCUGAGGAGCAGCAGCGCCAGAAGGCUCAGGUGAACAACAGCGGCUGUCAGAAGUGGGAGCCCUUGGCGGUGGCGAAGCCCCAUCGGCAGCUGUGUCGUUCCCCGUGCCUCGACCAGCCCAGUUUUUCCCAGAGUAGCACGGUGCAAGAUUCCCGUGAGGAUGAGACCAGCGCGGGGCCAGCGAUCAAAGCGGCCAGUGAAAGGGAGUACCAGACAAAAAUGGACUUUGCGUUGAAGCUGGGCUACUCUGGAGAGCAGGUGGAGAUGGUGCUCAAUAAACUGGGGGCCGCCGCUCUCAUUAAUGACAUUCUUGCUGAGCUCGUAAGGCUGGGAAACAAAGUGGAGCCUGAAAGUCAACCUUGCAGCACUGCAGCCGCGUCGCUCUCACUUCCACCGUGCGCUAAAGAGACCGUUAGUCCUGAGGUGUCGGUGGAAGAGGAAUCUGUGGACCCAUACGACAACCUCAGGCCUAUUGUCAUUGAUGGGUCCAAUGUGGCAAUGAGCCAUGGAAACAAAGAGGUUUUCUCUUGCCGUGGUAUCCAACUGGCUGUCGAAUGGUUCCUCGAAAAGGGGCACAAAGACAUUACUGUGUUUGUCCCAGCCUGGAGAAAGGAACAGUCAAGGCCCGAUGCUCUCAUUACAGAUCAAGAAAUAUUACGCAAGCUCGAAAAAGAGAAGAUCCUGGUUUUCACCCCAUCUCGGAGAGUCCAAGGCAGACGGGUGGUGUGCUAUGAUGAUCGCUUCAUAGUGAAGCUGGCUUAUGAUUCUGAUGGAAUUAUUGUGUCAAAUGACAACUACAGAGACUUGCAAAAUGAAAAACCAGAGUGGAAGAAGUUCAUCGAGGAACGUCUCCUAAUGUAUUCAUUCGUCAAUGACAAGUUUAUGCCACCCGAUGACCCACUGGGAAGACAUGGUCCUAGCUUGGAAAAUUUCCUUCGCAAGCGUCCUGUUGUCCCAGAGCAUAAAAAACAACCUUGCCCCUAUGGCAAAAAAUGCACAUAUGGACACAAGUGCAAAUACUAUCAUCCGGAGCGUGUCAACCAACCGCUGCGGUCGGUGGCCGAUGAAUUGCGGGCCUUUGCAAAACUGUCUGCAGUGAAGACAAUGAGCGAAGGGGCCUUAGCGAAAUGCGGCACCGGCCCGGCACUUGUGAACAGGGACAGCAACUCUGAAGUCAAACGCGUGGCGCCCAAACGCCAGUCCGACCCGAGUAUACGCUCGGUGGCAUGCGAGUCCCCCGAAAGCCUGUCCGUUGUGAGGAAGUCUGAGACAAAUUCAGUGCCUUCCCUUGUGACUGCUCUCAGCGUGCCCACCAUGCAGCCCGCCAAGAGCCACGCAGCCGGGGCCUUGAACACGCGAUCCGCUAGCAGCCCGGUGCCAGGUUCUUUGCAGUUCUCACAUAGUUCGCUCGAGCACAUGUCUAGUGUACAGUACCCUCCCAUUUUGGUCACCAACAGUCACGGCGCUUCUGUUACAUAUGGCGACCAGUUCCCAAAGUAUGACUCGGUCAGCGACCACGGCUAUUAUUCACUGCACAGUGACUUUUCAAACAUGAGCAUGAGCAGUAUGCACAACGUCGACAGUUUCUGUAGCAUGGAGCACGAGCACGCGGUGUGCCUGAGAACUCGCAGCCACUGCCCCGAGUCCUGCCUCAGCCACUCCAACAGCGAUUCGUUCUCCUCCUACGGCGACAUGUACCCGAGCUCUGUGGACGGGAGCCUGGAGGAGAGCAUGAAGGGCCAGCAGCAGUCCCCGGCAACAGGGAGAAUGCAGACUUUCCCCCACGGCUUUCGACACGAAGCGCUCACCCGGGUGCAGAGUUACGGGCCGGAGGAGCCCAAGCAGGGUCCAUGUAAGCAGCCCGCACCUCAUCUAGCCCCGCACAUCCAGCACGUCGCAGUGGGGGCCAGGUCGAGCUGCCCCGGAGACUACCCCGUGGCUCAAAACGUCCUCCCGCCGCUGUCAUCGCAGCCGACGCGGUCCCUCGGCAUGACUCGCAUGGACAGCAUAUCCGAUUCCAGGCUGUACGACAGCAACCCAAUGAGACAGAGGCGACCGCCGCUGUGCCGCGAGCAGCAUGCGAGCUGGGACCCUCUGCCCUGCGGGAACGAGUCUUACGGCUAUCACUCGUAUCCGCUGAGCAACAGCCUGAUGCCGUGUUGCGAGCGAGUCAUGGUCCGCAGCAUGCCUGACAAAAUGGAGCAAAUUUGGAACUCGCCGUGGGAGGCCCCACCCGCAACGGAACACCCUGAACGGUAUGUCAUCCCAGAGCACCAGUAUCAAACAUAUCGGAACCUUUGCAACAUUUUUCCUGCUUAUGUAGUCCAUUCGGUGAUGGAGAAGAACCCUCAUUUGACAGACCCCCAACAACUGGCGGCUGUCAUUGUUACAAAUUUGAGGUCUUGUCACUGAGGGCAAAAAGGUAAAAAAAAAAAAUAAGGUGGAAAUUUUGAAAAUAGAUUUGAGUGUUUUGGUUGCAAACACAGGCACUUGCUAAAUGUUGCCAAAUGUGCAACAUUUGCCCUCAGGAGUUUUUUUUUUUUUUUUUUUAAUGUCUCUGGUACAAAACCCAGCUCUCUGGAUUUUCAUCAGCAAGAUGGCAUUAAGUCAACAACAUAGAUAAAGUUUGUCUGACAUUUUUUUUUUAGUGCAACUUAAAGAUGUUUCGCACACAGAAGGCUAUACAUUUAUAAGAAGUGUGGUGCAAUUGUAAAAGGAAACUUUACUGUAUGUGUUUCAUAACGCAUUUAUCAUACCUGACCAGGAGCGGAAUUUCCUUUCAAAAAUAUCAAAUAAGGAUUUCUUUUUUCACUUACAAUGUAUCUUGAUUAGCUUUUAUCAAAAAUUUGUCAGACCAAUUGGUUAACCAUCCAAUUUCAAGAAAUGAGGUUAACCAAUGCCAAACUUUGUCCCACUUGCUUUCAAUAUAAACCAGAAACAUCACCGCGAGUUGCUGCUUUUCAGCAUUUGGGUUCAUUUAAUCAAAAAUAUACUUGGUUUUAGCCACAUAGCUUUUAAGACGUUCUUGUUCAGGUCAUGUGGAUGUGCUGUGAAAGGCAUCACAAAUGUUUGUGGUGCAGUGCAACUAUCAAUAACUUUCUUGAGCUUUGCCUCUACUGUAAAAAAAAAUGGUGAUUUUUUUUCCUUUUUUGUGCAUUUCUUUCAAAAACGAGUAAGAGGGAGGUACACUCAUACCUCCAAGCAUGAAGUGAUAUUUAAUGGCCUUAUAUCUGAGUGACCUCACGCUUUAGUCUCUCCUUCAAUGAACGUCUUUGGCAUUGAAGCCUCCUACUUUCAAACCUAAAGCACUAUCUCAGUAUGGAAAGAGAUCUAUUUUCUCAAUCUCACAAAGCUACUAUUUUGGUAGAAUUUGACAGUGCACAAAGCAAGCCAAAAAGAGAUUUGUCUUGUAUACAGGUGCACGUGUCUAUAUCUAUGUACAUUUAAAAAAAAGAAAAUCAAACAAAAGCCAUUAUUUCAGUCAUUUAUAAGCUGCUAAAUAAUGCCAAAAAAAAGAGAAAAAUGAUCAUUAUUCUGACUUCACAUUACAUUUUGCUUCACGUAAUUGGAAUUAUUUCUCAUUUCCAACUGCCUUGUAUAUUUUUGUCAGAUUUGUUGUGAAAAUAGUUUAUAAUAUAUAUGUAGCGCUUACGAUAUAUCUUAGGCUUUUAGACAGCGUUCUGAUUUUUUUUUUUAGUUACCUCUAUUUCUCUAGUAUAAAUUAAGAAGUACUCUUAAAUUUGGGUGUUUCAUACCUACCAGUGACCCAUCACAAAUACAAUGUUUUCACAAUAUCACUUGUUGUUUUUCUCGAUUUAAUUUAUUCCCAGGCUACAUAUAGUAUAUGAUUUUCUUAACCAAAAAAAAAAAACAAAAAAAAAAAGAACGCUCCUCUGAACUACUUCAGGUUGUCAGUAGAGCUGUUUGUUGCUCAUUUGUAUCAAAGACUACUUUUCCAUGCACUUAAAUGGACUGAGACACAUAAGAAGGUGAGACGGCUUUUAUUUCUAGUGGGCUUUGGCUUGAAGAACAUUUUUUGAGGUAUUUCCAAGCCCGCUUACAAUUUACUUUUAAGAGUCAGUCAGUGCAAAUACAUUUUUUUAGCAAAAGCUGCAAAGUUGCUCAUGCAUCCACGGUAAAUUAGAUGCAGCGAACGUUAUGACACUGAGAUGACAAUAAAAUUGUUUGAAUUGGGACGAUCAAGAUGCAUCUACAGUAAAAACAUUACUGCAAAAAAAAAAAAUGUUUACCGUCAAGAGUUUGCACAGUUUUCUUCUGAUAUUUAGCUGGAUAGAUUAAAAAUCUAUCCACGAGUAUUAGGCCUGCAAGGUUGUUAUAACGGAGGGGUUUAUUGUUGUAUUUUUGGGGGGGGGAAAACAACUGACAUGAAUGCAAGAAAGCAUGUUUAGUAUGAUGUUUGACUUUUAUCGUGAGAGUGGAUGGCUCAAAUACAGUUUGGCUGUGCCUUGCAGCACAUUGCUCUCAGGAUGCUUUCACUUUUUCACCUUCACUGGCCAAAAAAAAAAAAACAGUGCUUACUGCUGGCAAGUGUCUCUUCUCUUCUAAUAGCGAUCUAUUUUGUGAAAACUUGUACAUGUAUAGAAAGUUGCAGUGUGGAAAAACUGCCUUGUAAAACUUUGUACAGAUAUCUCUGAAGUAUGCACCUUGAGUUGUUUAAGACUGGGUCAUUUGGGUGGCUUUACAUGAUGCGGAUGUGUUUAUCGCAAUCGUGAAGCCACAAGUGUGGGCCUCGUAAUGCUGAUCUCACUGAUGUGGUGUAAAUGUACUGUAGUUUGUAUAUUUUUCAGGAAAAUUCUUUUCCAUCUUGUGAAAAUGGACGACAAUUAGGGAAUUUUGAACUUUGAGGUGCCACUGCUGAAAAACAUCACAGGUAUCGUAUAAAGCCAGCCCAAAUGCAAGGUGUUGCUCGGAAUGCAUCGAAAGGGAAAUGCCACUUCACUGAAUCUCUAUGAUCACCUGAGUGAGCAUCGAACCGUUCUUAAAAAAAAAAAAAAAGGGGGAUGCAAGUGACAUCUCUAACAAAAGUACACGAUGACAAAGGGCCACACAGAUUUUCGACAUUAAGUGGUAUUACUCCUUAAUUGGGAAUUGAUGUGAGCUAGAUUAUUUUUCUCAAUGGUGAUUCUUCAACAAAUAGAUAGAUUUCUCUCUAAUGGUCGAUAAAACGAAUGUGUAUAAACAUCCAAAAAGAGAAGAAAAAAAAAGUGAAUGUGUAUAGCCCAAAAGAUUUUUUUGGGCUUUGCUGACUUUGUUUUAUUUUUCAUGAAAACACACAAGGCCACUUGAGGCCAGCUGUCUGUUCAUGAGAAGGUGAAAACAAACUGCCUAAAUGUUUCUUCAUAUGAAACAGUCAGAUUGCAAGGCUGCCGUCACCGUUGUUUCUGGCAUUUGGCUCAACGUUUGCGUGCCACCCCGCCCCAUUCCCAGCUAGUUAUAUUGUCAUGGGUUCCCCAAAAAUGUUCUUGGUGCGAAGGGAAGAAAAAAACAAAACAACCGCUAUCAUUACUGUUUCGGUGACUGAAAGAACACUGAGUUAAUUGCACUGAUAAUUUUAAGACGACACAGUUCAUCCCAAGCCACAACAUCACUCAAGUGAAAGUGGAAUUAUUGUGUUCUAUCCUGCAAGGUCUGAUUGCAGUUUUAACUAAAUUAGCAUAUUUCCUCAUAUAGUAGCCUGGGAUGCAUUUUGUACUCAAUUACAGAGGGUGCCAUGGUCAGAUGUGUUUUAUCAUUUUCAACAAAUAAUGUACUUAAUAAAUUACUACAAAAUACAUCGUCAAGAAUCCCCCCCACCCCCAAACACACACUUGAAAAAAAAAAUAGAAUGACACAUCUAUAAGAGGUGUGAUGUCAAAUGUAAUUUUUAAAAUGUUCCACGUGAUUAAUUUGGGCACAGCGUUUUCCACCAGAGGCCACUAUUUGAGGAAAUGUUCUAUACAUAAAUAGACAUCAAAUCAGUACAUGAAUGUACACAAACCCUGAUUGGUCAUUUUGGGAAUUUGAACUACACACAUUAAAAAAAAAAACAUUUUAGACUCAUUAUCUCAAAAGAAGUGACAUAUUCUGACAUGCUGAUUUUUGUCACGAUGCACUUCGGUAAUUUUGAAUGACUUGUCGGAAAUGGGAUCCACAAGUUUGUCCAUAUUCAAUUACAUUGCUUUCUAAGUUGUUCUAGGCUGCACUUAAGAGCCCCAAAAAAGUCUUAAGAGAAAACCCUAUCCAACAAUCCAGCUUUGCGAAAAAACUUUUCUCGUCGUAGUUCAAUGCCCCCGCACCCCUUCUUUUGUAAGUGCCGCAAACAAGCCACAAAUGUCCAGAAUUGACUUUUACUUGUUGAUACAAAUUGUAUCUCUACCUUGAAUGUAAACUAAAUAUCAAAUGUAUAUUAUGAAAAGAGUUUUAUUGAAAUAAAGGGGAAAGAAAAAUGCCUAAUGUUUUGUGACACUGUGUGUCACUGGGAGUAGCCCAUAGGUAUGUACUAUCUUUUAUUGGGUACAGUAGUUAAUUUCCUGGGACUUUGAUGUGCUAGGUCAAGUGCACAGCAAGACAAAACUGUGCCGCACUAAGCAUCACGCCCUCACUGUACAUACCUGCGUGUUCCUGUGGAUAGGAUUUAAUGUGUAAAUGUAAAACAUUACUUCAGUUCACAUGAAUGUUGUAACCUGUGCUUAUUUUCUCUUGAUUUGUUCAUUUUGCCUUGUAUAAACUUUGCAUAUUUGGGUGUUUAAAAAAAUUAACAAUGAUUUAACACUGAGAUUGUUCAGCACCAAACUAAUCUACUUUAAAGGCUACUUUGACUAAAAACUAUGAAAUGAGAGCACAGUGCCAGUUUUGAAUCAUUUGUGUUUUGAUGUUUCAUGUUAAUGUUAUUUUUUUUUUUCUCUUCAAACUGAAAUUUAGUGGAAUGUUUGGCAGGGGUUUGAAUGACUAAACAAUGUUGACAAGCAGAUGUGUGCUAUUUGUUGUUACUUUGACCACUGCAAUAUGAUAUUGAAGUAGUGUAAAUGAAUACUUUUACUGUCGGUGGCCGGUUUGUACGUACUUUCAGCUGGUGCCCUAUGAAAAUUGGACUUGCGCUAUUUUGAAGUUGUGUGUUGAAUAAUAGCAUGUUAAUGGGUGAGAUGAAAACCAAAGUUGUUGGGGUUUUGUUUUGUUUUUUUUAAACUGUACACAUUAUGAUUAGUGGUCCAAACAUACCUUCACACUUCUUGUGUACCGAUGACACUUGAUGCCAGCAUCCUCCCAGACGGACAGACUUGUUAUGCAGAAUGUCAGGACGAGAGGUGUGCCCAUUAACAUGACUGUACAUAUUUACAGUGUAAUACUCAGGUUUAACCCGGCUAACAUUCAAAAUCACAAGGUUCAAAAACAGUAAGUUGUACCGGUGACUUUUCUAAAGUGGUGUGCGUGGACUGUAGUGUUUGCAAUGUAACAAGGGAAACAUUGAAGCAAGCUUUUUGUGUUGUGCUUAUCUGCGGUAUUGUAAUCCACACUGACUGGAAAGCAUUGCUUUUUUUUUUUUUUUUGUAGACCAAACUAGACUAUUUGAGUCUGUGGGCUCAAACAAAAUGUAAGUCUUAAUGACGUGUUUCUCACCAUUAAUAAAGCUAUAUUAUGUUCA